AUGGAACCCAAACCCCAACCAAUUCUCCCUCCGAUGGACCCUCCCGAAGAUCUUUCCUCCGUCUGGGACCUAAGCUACCUCCUCGACUUCAAUCUCGACGACGAUGCCUCACUUCCCUUAAACCUCGACAACGAACCUCCACACCUCACUCCAAUUCCAAACCCUAACCCUAAUCCACCGGAGAAUGAUAAGAUCCGAAAACGUGACCCGAGACUUACUUGCUCCAACUUUCUCGCGGGUCAUGUACCUUGUGCAUGUCCCGAACUCGAUGCGUUGCUUGAAGAUAAUGGUUUACCAGGUAAGAAACGAGCUCGAGCUGCACGUGCGUCUGCAUCGGCGCGUUGUCAGGUUCCGAGUUGUGAGGUUGAUAUCUCUGAACUUAAAGGCUAUCAUCGACGGCAUAGGGUUUGUUUGCGAUGUGCUAAUGCUGUUACUGUUCUUAUUGACGGCGAGGCGAAAAGAUACUGUCAGCAGUGUGGAAAGUUUCAUGUUUUACCGGAUUUUGACGAAGGUAAAAGGAGUUGUAGAAGGAAAUUGGAGCGGCAUAAUACUAGGAGGCGGAGAAAGCCUGCUGAUUCUGCAGCAGCAGUUGAUCAUGAAGUUCAAACUGUUACUCAGAAUGAUGAUUCCAAUUGUGAUGGAGAAACAGGGAUAGAUUAUUCGAAUCUGAGUAGUGAGAAUAUUGAAAAAAGAGUGUCUCCGGAUCAUGAAGAAGAACCGGUUGCUAUUGGGUCUUCAACUCCAGAGACCCAGAAUAUUAAUGGUGAGAGUGGUCUGUCCUUUGUUGCUUCUGCUGAAACACAAGCAAAUAUUGGAAAUGGUGUUUCCAAUCUUUCCAAAUCGCCUUCAUAUUGUGACAAUAAGAAUGAUUAUUCAUCUAUGUGCCAAACAGGUCGGGUUUCUUUUAAGCUUUAUGAUUGGAAUCCUGCGGAAUUUCCUAGAAGGCUACGGCUCCAAAUAUUCCAAUGGUUGGCAAGUAUGCCUGUGGAGCUGGAGGGAUAUAUCCGCCCUGGGUGUACAAUCCUGACAAUAUUUAUUGCAAUGCCAAAUAUUAUGUGGAUAAAUUUACUCAAAGACCCUAUGUAUUAUGUACGUGAUCUUGUUGCUCCCAAAAAGAUGCUAUCUGGAAGAGGCACCGCUCUAAUUCAUCUGAAUGACAUGAUCUUCCGUGUUAUGAAAGAUGGAAGUUCUGUGACAAAAGUCGAGGUAAACACGCAGGCACCUAAGCUUCAUUACAUUCACCCCACAUGCUUUGAAGCAGGGAAACCCAUGGAAUUUUAUGCUUGUGGAAGUAACUUGCUGCAGCCUAAGUUUCGGUUUCUUGUAUCUUUUUAUGGAAAGUAUAUGAAGUACGAGUAUUGCGUUCCGUCUUCACAUAACUGGACUGAAGACAGUAUUUCUUGUGCUUUUGGCAAUCAGUUAUAUAAGAUAUGUGUCCCUCAUAUUGAGGAAAAUCUCAUGGGCCCUGCAUUUAUUGAGGUUGAGAAUGAGUCUGGUUUAUCAAACUUUAUUCCUGUACUUAUUGGGGAUAAAGAAAUUUGCACUGAAAUGAAGAUAUUGCAACAAAAACAAGAUGCAUCUCUCCUUUCUAAACAAUUUCGGUCUGCGUCUGGUGGUUCUAUUUGUAGCUCAUGCAAAGCUUUUGUACAUAUUCAUACAUCAUCAUCAGACUUGCUUGUAGAUAUAGCAUGGUUACUUAAGGAUCCGACUUCAGAAAUUUUUGACAGAAUGGUAUCUGCUUCACAGAUUCAAAGAUAUUGCCAUCUGUUGGAUUUUCUAAUAAGCAAUGAUUCAACUAUCAUUUUGGGAAAAAUAUUGCCAAAUUUGAUAAUUUUAACAGAAAGCAUAAAAUCCAAUACAAAUGAUGUUGACAUGGUCCAGCUACUGAAGUGCAUGCAUAAUGCCAGAGAUGCUAUUUGUCAGAAAGGUGGAAGUAUAGUUUUGCACUCCAAAAGGGAAGGCUUUAAACCUGCCCAGUGCAGUUCUCAAGACGACAAGUUAUCGGUUGAUGAAGUUAAUAGUCAGGGUCUCCUUUUUAAUACAGAUCCAGAGUUGGGAGUUCUGAGAAGUCUUGCUUUUGAUAAAAAAAAUCAUAAGGUACCACUUUUGAAAAGGGAUAUUAUAAUGAAUAUGGAAGACUUGCCUAAUAGAAAUCUUACCCGGGGAGUCUUGACCUCUCGACCAACUAUUUUUGUACUUGUUUCGGUUGUUGUUUGUCUUGCUGUAUGUGUAUCCAUCUUUCAUCGUGGAAGGGUUACAGAGUUAGCAGUAUCCAUUAGGAGGUGUUUGUUUAACCAUUAA